AUGGCUACUACUACUGCUGAGAACCCCGCUGACGGCCAGGAGGUCCACACUGGACCAGCCCAGCCGUCCUACGCUUCCGCCGCCCGCUCCACCGCCGCCCCCACCAACCUCGCCGACUCGCUCUGGUCCAACAUGACGGAGGAGAAGCGCGAGGAGAUGGUCAAGGCUGUGGAGGAGUACUACGAGGUUGCCAAGUUCGUCGAUGGCACUUCUAUCCACUCGAAGGCCCGCGUUGUCUUCGAGACGGGCCACUCCCUCCCCGUCCUCCGCACCGCCGCCCGCGCCUUCACGACGCCCGACCGCGACCUUCCGGCGAAAACCAUUCGCCUCACGGUCCCGGCUACAAGUGUCGACGGCGCCGGCGUCAAGAGGAACGCGCUCGUCGCCCAAGUUCAGCAGCAAGUCGCUGAGCACUACGGCGGCGACGCUUUCCUCCCUCACAUCCCCGGCAUUGACGUCUCGAAGCACUCGUCCCUCGGUGCUAUCGUCUCCGGCGUCACCGGCACUCGCUUCGCCGGCACGAGCCCGGCCCGCAACGGUCGCGACCUCGCCUACUACGUCGACGUCGCUUUCCGCAACGCUGGCGCUUUUGGCGACGCGCUCCACAAGCCGUACGUCCAUGACAAUCACCCCGUCAUGUUCGACUACGCGGUGGGCGCCUCGCUCCGCAGCGUUGUCGAGUUCCGCAUCGACCUUCGCGAUCUCAACACGAGCGACAAGGACCUGAUUGCGGCCAUCAAGUCCGCUUUCGAGCCCGCCGACAUCGCCCUCCUCGCUGUCGCCAAGGUCUACCACACCAAGGCGUCCAAGUUCGGCCCCAUCCCGCUCUUCCAAGGCGGAGUCCUCGUCUACGCCCAGGUCAAAUCCGUCAGGCAGAACCAGGACGGGAGCUACCGCACCAAGCUCACUGAGGUGCUCCCUGGCGCCAUCAACCUUUGCGGCACCACCCUCCCUUUCCGCCACGGGUUCGAGGGCGAGUACUGCCCGCGCUGCCGCUUCGCAGGACAUUCGUCCGAGGAGUGCCCUCGCUAUCCGUGCGCCUCAUGCUUCCAGCCUGGCCACGUCGCGUCUACCUGCACCAACCCCACCGGCAAGAAGCACAACGGCGCCCGCGCCGUCCAGAACUCAGCUCCGUCGCCGACUCCGGUCGUUGGCUCGCAGAGCUGGACCGACGCUCGCCCCGGUAACAAGGCUGCGACAAGCGCCAACACAGUCCCUCUCGGCUCGAACUCGCGCUACGCUGCGCUCCCAGUCGAGGAAACGCAGGACUCGAGUAUCAACUCGAACCCCCAGGUCAACACCUCGCCCGGCCCGACCAAGUCCGAGCGUCGCGCUGCUUCACGCGAACGCAAGAACGCCGCCAAGGCGCAGAACAACGCCCCUGUCAAGCCCGCCGUGCCCGCCAUCGUCGUCGACAAGGCCGACACCACGCCUGUCACGCCCUCGGCUCGUCCGGCUCGCUCCGCCCCCUCGAUUGCCGACUCGGACGCCCACAAUGACAAGCGUGCGCGUCCCCUCACCACACCAAUCAACAUUCAGGUCCGUGGCGCAGCCAACGAAUCGCACACGUCUUCUCUUUCGGAUUCUUCCUCUUCCUCUGCUUUGUCUUCCGCCCUCGCACCGGCUGCUCAGGCCGGACAUGAGGAUGUGACGAUGGAGGGAGAUGUCGGUUUCCUUGGGGAGACGCAGACGGAGUUAGAGGAGGAUAGUGACGAUGAUGACGAGGAUGUGGCCGCUCGUCUUGGGCUCCCCUCUCCUUCUCCUGCUACUGCUACUCCUGCUACUGCUACUCCUGCUCCUUCUCCUUCUGCCUAA